CAGCUGGGGCAGGAGUCCCGGCCAAGGCAGGGAGGGAGCAAGAUCCAGAGCCUGCUCCUUCCCCCGGCCCCCUGGCGACCGGCUUUUUGGGACUGAGACACUGAUGCCCAAUCCCGAUUUCCUUUUCCUCCUCCUUUCCUCUCACAGGUAGGAACCCCCGAGGGGGGAAGCAGAAGGGCCCGGAGGAAGCGGCCUGGGAGGGGACGGCAGGAAGAUGGGGAGUGGAAUCAGCGCGGAGGACAAGGAGCUGGCCAAGCGGUCCAAGGAGCUGGAGAGGAAGCUGCAGGAGGAUGCGGACAAGGAAGCCAGGACCGUGAAGCUGCUGCUGCUGGGGGCCGGGGAGUCGGGGAAGAGCACCAUCGUCAAGCAGAUGAAGAUCAUCCACCAGGACGGCUACUCUCCGGAGGAGUGCCUGGAGUACAAGUCCGUCAUCUACGGCAACGUGCUGCAGUCCGUGCUGGCCGUUGUCCGGGCCAUGUCCGCGCUGGGCAUCGACUACGCCGAGCCCAGCCGUGCGGAGGACGGGCGGCUGCUCAGCCACCUGGCCGACUCCGUCGAGGAGGGCACCAUGCCCCCUGAGCUGGUGGCGGUCAUCGGGAGGCUGUGGCGGGACGGCGGGGUGCAAGCCUGCGUGGACAGAGCCGCGGAGUACCAGCUCAACGACUCGGCCUCCUACUACCUGAACCAACUGGACCGGAUUACGGCCCCCGGCUACCUCCCCAGUGAGCAAGAUGUGCUGCGCUCCAGAGUCAAAACCACAGGCAUCGUGGAGACCAAGUUCUGCGUCAAGGACUUGAACUUCAGGAUGUUUGACGUGGGAGGGCAGCGGUCGGAGCGCAAGAAGUGGAUCCACUGCUUCGAGGGGGUCACCUGCAUCAUCUUCUGCUCGGCCCUCAGCGCCUACGACAUGGUGCUGGUGGAGGACGACGGAGUGAACCGCAUGCACGAGUCGCUGCACCUGUUCAACAGCAUCUGCAACCACAGGUUCUUCGCGGCCACGUCCAUCGUCCUCUUCCUCAACAAGAAGGACCUCUUUGAGGAAAAGAUCAAGAAAGUCCAUCUCAGCAUCUGUUUUCCAGAGUACGGCGGGAACAACUCUUACGAAGAUGCAGGGAGUUACAUCAAGAGUCAGUUCCUCGACCUCAACAUGCGAAAAGACGUCAAGGAGAUCUACAGCCACAUGACCUGCGCCACGGACACGCAGAACGUCAAGUUCGUGUUCGACGCGGUCACGGACAUCAUCAUCAAAGAGAACCUCAAGGACUGCGGGCUCUUCUGACCGCCGCCGCUUCCCGAGUGUGCGCCGUGCUGAUGGGACCGGGGUCCAGGCGCUCUCCAGCGGGACACCACGCGCCGUGACCCGGGGAUGAGGGCACCCUCCCCUGGAGACGGGGCAGGCAUGGUCGGGACGGCCCUCCCACCUGUGCUCGUGGCAGGGCGGCCCGCGCAGUUUAAAGAGCCCAAGGCCAGCAGUCCGAAGACCCGGGUUCCAGCACUGGUUCUGCACCUUACUGGAAAGUGUAAACACGUCCUUUGUCUGAGCGUGAGUCCCUCCCCUCCAAAACGAAGACCGUCCACUGCUCUGCUGCCUCUCAGGGUUACUCUGACCAUCACAAAUGUAACAGAAGGGAGGGUGCAGAAAGGCUGUGUGGUUAGUCUCGGACAGAAACCCUGCAUGGCGGCUGCCGUCUGGGAAACGCAGCACCGGGUUUCCCGAUGAACUGCCCCAAGCAAAGCAGAAAACAACAACAGAACCACACCAUGAAAAACAAGCCAUCAAGCUAAGGCAACACUGAGAUCUGUCAGUGGUGGGUUCCUAAGAUCUGGAUGGCUGGAGAGGCAAGUUAGUGUCCAAGGCACGUACCUAAAAACAAUCAUCUUUACUAAGCAUAGACUCUCCCUCCUCCCUCCUCCACGCUGCUAACGAGACAAAGUUUCCUUUAGCUCUAAGUAACUGUUUCUCAGCUACACAAGCCACUUUCUGAGUAAACUGGGAGCGUGUCAACACA